CCUCUCUAUUUGUAAGCCUAGAAAUGGACAAUCUUACAGAUUUAGUGGCAGUUACCAACGAAACUUUAACCGAGACAACCUUCAUUCCAACCUCCGAUGGCUUUAUUGAAUUUUGUGAUAGUGAGGUGAAGAAAGGGUUGGAAAUUUGGUUAUUGGCUAUGGCAAUUAUUCCGUUCCUUUUCUCUUUAAUUAUUAUUGGGUUUCUGUUGGUGGCUAUUAAUGCUGUUGGCAAAAUUGAGGCGCAUUCUAUGGAGGCUGAUAAUAAGUAAAU